AUGUUGGCCAAUAUUGAUCGUAAACUGAAGAAAGUGGACGAAUGGCUGCCGAUAACGUCGUCGAGGAACGCCAAGUGGUGGUACUCUGCGUUUCACAAUGUCACCGCCAUUGUCGGCGCCGGUGUCCUCAGCUUGCCCUACGCCAUGGCCAACCUCGUAUGGGGGCCAGGAGUGACGGUGAUGAUACUGUCGUGGGUGAUAACGCUGUACACGCUGUGGCAGAUGGUGGAGAUGCACGAGAUGGUGCCGGGGAAGAGGUUCGACAGGUACCACGAGCUCGGGCAGGAAGCUUUCGGCGAGAAGCUCGGCCUCUGGAUCGUCGUCCCCCAGCAGCUGAUCGUCGAGGUCGGAGUGGACAUCGUCUACAUGGUCACGGGCGGGAAGUCGCUGAAGAAAGUGCACGAUCUCCUCUGCAAGGACUGCAAGGACAUCAGGCUCACCUUCUGGAUAAUGAUCUUCGCCUCCGUCCACUUCGUCCUCGCCCACCUCCCCAACUUCAACUCCAUCUCCGGCAUCUCCCUCGCCGCCGCCGUCAUGUCCUUGACGUACUCCACAGUCGGUUGGUCAGCAUCACUGCACAAGGGGCUCCAACCGGAUGUCGACUACAGCUACAAAGCUUCGACACAAUCAGGAAGGGUGUUCAACUUCUUGAGCGCGCUCGGCGACGUGGCUUUUGCCUACGCGGGCCACAAUGUCGUGCUAGAGAUUCAAGCCACCAUCCCUUCGGAACCCGAUAAGCCCUCGAAGAUCCCCAUGUGGAGAGGAGUCGUGGUCGCUUACAUAGUCGUCGCCGUCUGCUACCUCCCCGUCGCCUUUAUCGGAUACUAUAUGUUUGGAAACGCCGUCGAUGACAACAUCCUCAUCACCUUGGAGAAACCCACUUGGCUUAUCGCCGCUGCUAACCUUUUCGUCGUCGUCCAUGUCAUCGGAAGCUAUCAGAUCUUUGCAAUGCCUGUCUUCGACAUGCUGGAGACGUUCUUGGUGAAGAAAAUGGGAUUCAACCCUUCGUUCAUGCUUCGCUUCGUCACUCGCAACGUAUACGUUGCUUUCACUAUGUUCGUCGGCAUUUGCAUUCCCUUCUUCGGUGGUCUCCUCGGCUUCUUCGGAGGAUUUGCCUUUGCCCCGACAACCUAUUACCUUCCAUGCAUCAUUUGGCUCGCUCUCAAGAAACCGAAGAGAUUCGGUCUGUCUUGGACCAUUAACUGGUUCUGCAUUGUAGUGGGCAUUGUUUUGACGAUCAUAGCGCCGAUCGGAGGGCUGAGAACAAUCAUCGUCAAUGCCAACAGCUACAAAUUCUUCUCCUGAUCGAGCAGAUCGAUGAAUCCUUUCGUGUAUGAACACAAGUAUAAAUUCACUCAGACUGUUUAUCAUGGUUUAUUUUAUUACGCCCUUGUUUCAUCGUCAAGCUGU